CGCGACCAUCCAGCCAUGCCUCCCCUUCCCGGCGGCGCCGAGGAAGACGAGCACGGGAGCUUCGGAAGGUGCAGCCGGCCGCGGUAGCAGUUUGGGCGUCUUCCCGCGCACCGCUCGGGCAGAGGGAGACGGCCAAGCGGCGCCCAGCAUGCUGGCUGCGGGAGGUCCGCUCGCCGCCCGGCUGGGCAGCCUCUUGCCUUGCUGGCUCGUCCUGGCGCUCUCCGGCACGCUGGCAGCGGCGCAGCCGCCCGGGGUCGCCGUCCUCUGCCCGCCGCUCUGCCACUGCGAGGAGGACGGCAUCGCGCUCUCCGCCGACUGCUCCGAACUAGCGCUCGCCUCCGUGCCCGCCGGCCUCAGCCCCUUCACCGCCUACCUUGAUCUAAGUAUGAACAACAUCAGUGAACUGCUGCCUGGAGAUUUCCAUCACUUACAUUUUCUGGAAGAAUUGCGCCUAUCUGGAAACCAACUCUCUAAAAUUCCAGAAGGAGCAUUUUCUGGCCUCUACAAUUUAAAAAUUUUGAUGUUACAGAAUAAUCAGAUCACUCGAAUUCCAGCAGAGGCUCUAUGGGAUCUUCCUAAUCUUCAGUCACUACGCCUAGAUGCCAAUCUGAUCUCUGUUGUACCUGAAAAGAGCUUUGAAGGGUUGCCUGUCUUACGUCAUCUCUGGUUGGAUGAUAAUGCCCUGACAGAGAUCCCUAUCAAAGCACUCAAUAAUCUGCCAGCUCUACAAGCAAUGACAUUGGCGCUCAACCGAAUCUGGCACAUUCCUGACUAUGCCUUCCAGAACCUGACUAGCCUUGUGGUAUUACACCUGCAUAAUAAUCAGAUCCAGCACUUGGGAAUACAUGGUUUUGAAGGACUCCAUAAUCUGGAAACUCUGGACCUAAAUUAUAAUGAGCUGGUGGAAUUCCCAGUGGCGAUUAAGUCACUCAAUAGACUUCAAGAGCUGGGCUUCCAUAACAACAACAUCCAGGCUAUUCCAGAGAAAGCAUUUGCUGGAAAUCCUGUACUUCAAAUUAUGACUUUAACCCAGGCUGGAAUCCAUUUGCUUCCUGGAGGAAUGUGUCAGCAGUUGGCCAGCCUACGAGUUCUUGAGCUUGCGCACAAUCACAUUGAGAAACUGCCCAGUUUUCACCAGUGCCAGAAGCUGGAAGAAAUUGGCCUUCAGCACAACUGUAUCCACGAAAUUGGAGCAGACACCUUUGGGCAGCUCACAGCCCUCCGCUCCCUAGACCUGAGUUGGAAUUACAUUCAGUUUAUCCACUCUGAAGCUUUUCUGACUCUUCAUUCCCUCAUCAAGCUGGAUUUGACUGACAAUCAACUGGUGAUGCUUCCAUUGGCUGGCUUGGGUGGACUGACUCAUCUGAAGCUCAAAGGCAAUCCUGCACUGUCUGAAGCAUUCCCUAAAGAAAGUUUCCCCAAGAUACGGGUUUUGGAGGUUCCCUAUGCCUACCAGUGCUGUGCUUACGGAGCAUGUGGCAACUUCUUCAAAAUCUCCAGUCAGUGGGACUCAGAGGACAUGAGUCCUGAGGAUGAUGAUGGCUACAAGAGGACCCUGGGACUUGAUCAUUAUGACUUAGACAUGGAUGACUUCCAGGCAGACCCUGAUGAUUCAAAACUACUUACCAACAUCCAAUGUACACCCAACCCCGGUCCUUUCAAGCCCUGCGAUUAUCUGUUUGAAAGCUGGGUCAUUCGCCUCGGUGUCUGGUUGAUCAUGCUGGUUUCUGUGCUGUGCAAUGGACUGGUUGCAGUGGUUGUCUUUGUCUCGCCAGGCUAUCUGUCCCCGAUCAAGUUUAUCAUUGGAUCCAUUGCUGGAGCCAAUAUGUUGACGGGAAUAUACUGUGCUAUUCUAGCGUUUGUGGAUGCAGUCACCUUUGGUCAUUUUGCAAAAUACGGGGCCAGGUGGGAGAUGGGUGCAGGGUGCCAAGUGACUGGAUUCCUGUCUGUUUUCGCUUCAGAAGCUUCCAUUCUUCUCUUAACCCUUGCUGCAGUCCAGUGCAGCUUUUCAGUAUCAUGCAUGAGGACGUACGGAAAGGCUCCUUCCUUUGGCACUGUCAAGGCAGGUGCCCUAAGUUGUCUGCUCCUCUCUUCAGUGGCUGCAAUGUUGCCCCUCUUCUCCAUUGGGGAGUAUGGGGCGUCCCCUCUCUGUCUGCCUCACCUUCUUCCUGAUGGGAAACCUUCCAUGUUGGGUUUCAUGGUAGCUUUGGUGCUAGUGAAUACGCUUUGCUUUCUCAUUAUCACUGGGACGUAUAUCCGCCUCUAUUGCAACUUGCUGAAAGGUGAAUUUGACUCUGUCUGGGACUGUGCUAUGAUCAAACAUGUUGCUUGGCUCAUUUUCACCAACUGCCUUCUAUACUGCCCGGUGGCUUUUCUCACCUUCUCUUCCAUGCUUAGCCUCAUUCUCAUCACCCCCGAAGUCAUCAAGUCUGUGCUCUUGGUGGUGCUACCCCUGCCAGCCUGCGUGAAUCCCUUGCUUUAUUUACUCUUUAACCCCCAUUUUAGAGAUGAUUUGCGCCUUUUGAAGCAUAAGAAUCAGGUCCAGGAAAGCUGCGCCGUGUCCUGCAUUUCUGAGGAUACAGAGAAGAGCUCAUGUGACUCUACCCAAGCGCUUGUUCCUUUCUCCGAUAUGGAUCAUAUAUUUGAAGCACCAGAUCUCUUUAGAGUGCCUCCUAGGUGUUCCUCAGUUCUAGAUGCCUACAGCUUCUCCUCAGUGACUUUGAUCCCUUGCCAGCAAAAAGAAGGUGCCAGAGGACAUGUCAGUGGCUUCUCCACUCAACCUUCCUAUCUUGCCGAAGAUGAGCUGCUAAUUGCAUCAGAAGCCAGAGAACAGGCAAAGACCAAAAUUUGGAUUGCCUUGUUCCCUAAACCACCUUCACCAGCCUUCACAUCUCAUUUAUAAGAGCCAAUCCACAUUCUCUCAGUAAAUAAAUGAAUCAUACAAGAUCCUCUCCUGGAGCCACCAACAGCUUGAGCAAGUGGCUCUUCUGGAGGAAAGGUGACUCAUUGCAUUUCUUCUUCUCAAAUCAAGGUCAGCAAAAAUGACAGCAAUUCCUUUGCACCCUAGCCUGCUGGGGUCUGCCUCCUCUUCUCUUGAUGCAGCAAUGCGAAACCUGACAAGGAUAUACCUAGCUGGCUAAGAAAUUAAGGCACCCCAAAUAAAAAUUCAUAAUUAUUGUGUAUCUAUCUGCAGGUCCAAGAAAAAUAGCAAACCCAGGAUAACAAGAACUCUGGCAAUUCUGCCCUUUUAGGAAUUAUACCAUUUGUAUAGCUCUUAGUUUUUAUGAUAGAUGGAUCACUUUAGUCGAUGAAUAUCAACUAAAAAGGACUGACUUGAGAAGAAACAUCAAGAAAACAAUGUGAUUUCAGCUCUGUUGCCAUGUUUUUUAACUAAAAAGCAAUCUUUACAUAGCAAUGUCUCUGUCUCGUAACAAUCUUGUCAUCUUUUAGAACUGUUGUCAAAAAAGCACAUGAAUCAUAAACAGAUUAUCCAUUCAUGUUUAUUCAAUGCAAUGUGUGACUGCACAUGUAUCCACAUGUAGAGACAGGAAAAAAUUCCACAUAAUAAUAAUCAUACAAGGAGACACAGCCACUUUUAUCAGUCAAAAACAAUGUUUCCUACAUGCUCCUACAUAUAACUAAGCAUGUAUUUAAAAGUGUUUAUUCAGAACCACUAGGAAUCAAAUUGCAGUGAUAAAAUCAAAUAAAUAAAUGAUUCAACAAAUAAAGCAAUGAUGGUGCAGUGGUUAGAAUGCAGUAUUGCAGGCUAACUCUGCCCACUGCCAGGAGUUCGAUACUGAUCGGUUGACUCAGCCUUCCAUCCUUUUGAGGUCAAUAAAAUGAGGAUCCAGAUUGUUAGGGGCAAUAUACUGAUUCUGUAAACUGCUGUAAAGUGUGCUAUAAAGCACUAUGAAGUGGUAUAUAAAUCUAAAAGUUUGGUACUUCCGGUAUUGCUAGUGCAGUGACCAUUCAUAACAAACUCAACCAGCCUAUGGUUUAAGCUUGAACAUAGUGCUAUGAAAAUUUGGUUUAGAAAAUUUAAUUUUUAAUUGCUUUUUUUUCAAUGUAAGAUUAGAAAAGUCAUACAUUGAGAAAUGACUGAGAAGUCAUUCAUUAUGAGAGCAACGUAGGAUAAUCUAAAGCUAGAUCCCAUUAUAUUCAAUUGAAGCCUCUAGACUAGAGGGUUUAUGAACAAGUAAUUUUUUUAAAAAUUUGAUUUAUAUGCCACCCUUCUCCGGAGACUCAGGGCAGCUUACAAUGCGCUAAGCAAUAGCCUUCAUCCUUUUGUAUAUUUAUACAGUCAGCUUAUUGCCCCCACAACUGGGUCCUCAAUUUUGGUUAGCACUGUUGCUAAAUUCAUUCUUAGAAGGUACUUUAAAUGUUCUCAAGCAUUUAAAAGCUACAGGUUGGUGGUAUAUCCCCAGAUUAACUACUCACUCCUUUUUGUUAAGAAAGAUAGAUAUAAAUACUAAUUAAUAAUGCAUGUAGAAUAUAGGAUGUGAGGUUUUUUCAUUGAAUUCUUAUUAACAUUUUAGAGUUCUGAAGGGCUACAGAAUAUAAACAGACUAUAGUGGUAGGUCUGCUUUCAUAAAGGAGAGAAAACUGAAAAUAUGGAAGGUAAAGUGGGGAAUGUUACAUGCAGUCCUGGUGAUUUUACUAAAAUAAUAAUCCUGGUUACUGCAGUUGUGAUGAUUUGUGAAGAAUCCUGGUUUCUAGAAUUUCACUUUCAUAAAAGGAUACAAAUGAAAACAGGGUGUUUGUCUCGGAAUUAUAUAGUACAAUCCCAAAUAUGAUUAUUUAGAAAAAAUGUCCCACUGAAUUCAGUGAAAUCCCUUUCUAGAGAAAAAAUAUUAACUGUUGGUUAAUAAUUACUGAUCUUCAAAAAUAGGCAAUAACACAAUUGUUAUUGUAUUAUAUAGCAUUCUCAGCACACUAAACCCAGUUCAAAAUUUUGAAGUUUGGCUGAAUUACCAUCACAAUAGAAAAUGGUUAUAUUUAAUAAAGAACAUUUAGGCUACAAUCAUAUAAACAUGUUAAUCAAAUGCAUUUCUGUGUAGACAGAAUCCACAUCCUAAUUAUUUUGGAAAUUUAUAUGCAUGUGUAGCAGUGGUGGGAUUCAAAUAAUUUAACAACUGGUUCUCUGCCCUAAUGACCAGCUGGGUAGGCGUAGCUUGGUGGUCAUGUGACCGUGUGGUCGUUGCCAAGUCAACAUCACUCACGUCGAUGGGCGCUUCGCCUUAGCUAUUACAAUGUAAUAAGAGUUAACCAGAGAAGCAGUUUCUGUAAGAAGGGCAAUAAAUAUUAGUCUAGAAACAACACCAGAAUGUUUCCUUCCUGCCUUCCCUACAGGAUUAGCUCUGUAAAGUGGAAAAAAACAAAAUAAGAUUUCUUCCAACAAAUGGUUCUCCGAACUGCUUAGAAAGCUAACAACCGGUUCUCCCGAAUAGGUGUGAACUGGCUGAAUCCCACCACUGAUGUGUAGUCAACUUAUGACAAUUGAGCCUGAAAGUUUGGUUGUAAGUUGCAAUCAUUAGGUGGGUCUCCAUGUCACCUGGCUCAAUUUUAUGAUCAUUUUCACAACAGACUUUAUAUGAAUUACCAUGAUUGAACAACCAUCACAUGGUUGUUAAAUGUCGUUAAGCAAAUCUAGCGUAUCCAAAGGGUGUUUUUUGCCAUUUUCUACUAUAACAUCAGGUUCAGCCGGCAACCAAUGAAUCAACGUUUGGUUCAUCUGAAAAACCAGACCCUGCAUUGAUGGGAAAACACUAGAGAGUAUUUACACACACACAUGCGUGCGCACACAGGUACACACUCUUCUUGAGUCAUUUGUUAACUGUUCAAUAUCUUGAUCUCUGCUGUCUUCCUGACAAAUAAAUGCACUUAUUAAAAAUACGAAACAUGUAGCCAAAUUGUUCCAGGUUCUUUGGGUCUGGAUAGCACUUGAAUUAUUUUGAUUUUGUAUCCCAUGACAGAACAUUGAUUUUCAUCUUCUCUCAAAUAAGAUUAAACCAGACAAUAUUUAGAAGAAAUAAUUAUCCUUAGUUACUGCUUAAAUCAGGGUCAAAUAACUCAACAGAAAAAAAUUCUACAGCCUUAAUAAAGUUCAAAAUCAUGACAAGAUUCCACAUAUGACAAAAGUAUCAGAUGAAAUGAUUUUAAAUAUCGUGUUUUUAUCUGUACAUAUAUUGUGCCAUAAAUAUCCAGCAUGUUUGUAUAUUAUGUGUAUAUUUAUAUAGAUAUAUAUAUAUAGCUACCUUCUCUUUUAUGACCCUUAUAUAAACUCCUAAUUUUCUUUUUUGUAUAUUAAUUUGUAAAACAUUCUUUAUUGAAGACCACAUAGAAAAAUAAAAAAAACAAAUUUUAUACUA